CAGCGCGCCCCGCGUCCCAUGGAUAUAGCAACAGGUCCCGAGUCGCUGGAGCGGUGCUUCCCCCGCGGGCAGACGGACUGCGCCAAGAUGUUGGACGGCAUCAAGAUGGAGGAGCACGCGCUGCGCCCCGGGCCCGCCACUCUGGGGGUGCUACUGGGCUCCGACUGCCCGCAUCCCGCCGUCUGCGAGGGCUGCCAGAGGCCCAUCUCCGACCGCUUCCUGAUGCGAGUCAACGAGUCGUCCUGGCACGAGGAGUGUUUGCAGUGCGCGGCGUGUCAGCAAGCCCUCACCACCAGCUGCUACUUCCGGGAUCGGAAACUGUACUGCAAACAAGACUACCAACAGCUCUUCGCGGCCAAGUGCAGCGGCUGCAUGGAGAAGAUCGCCCCCACCGAGUUUGUGAUGCGGGCGCUGGAAUGCGUGUACCACCUGGGCUGCUUCUGCUGCUGCGUGUGUGAGCGGCAGCUACGCAAGGGCGACGAGUUUGUGCUCAAGGAGGGCCAGCUGCUGUGCAAGGGCGACUACGAGAAGGAGAAGGACCUGCUCAGCUCCGUGAGCCCCGACGAGUCAGACUCCGUGAAGAGUGAGGACGAGGAUGGGGACAUGAAGCCGGCCAAGGGGCAGGGCGGCCAGAACAAGGGAAGUGGGGACGAUGGGAAGGACCCGCGGAGGCCCAAGAGACCCCGGACCAUCCUCACGACGCAGCAGCGAAGAGCCUUCAAGGCCUCCUUCGAGGUCUCCUCCAAGCCCUGCCGAAAGGUCCGAGAGACGCUCGCAGCAGAGACGGGCCUCAGCGUGCGUGUGGUCCAGGUCUGGUUUCAGAACCAAAGAGCAAAGAUGAAGAAGUUGGCGCGGCGGCACCAGCAGCAACAGGAAGAGCAGGGCAUUUGGAGGGUGGGGGGAGAGGUCCUGUCAAGUCGCAUGGAGGGCAUGAUGGCCUCCUACACGCCGCUGGCCCCACCACAGCAGCAGAUCGUGGCCAUGGAGCAGAGCCCCUACGGCAGCAGCGACCCCUUCCAGCAGGGCCUCACGCCACCCCAAAUGCCAGGUGACCACAUGAACCCCUAUGGGAAUGACUCCAUCUUCCACGACAUCGACAGCGAUACCUCCUUAACCAGCCUCAGUGACUGCUUCCUCGGCUCCUCCGAUGUGGGCUCCCUGCAGGCCCGCGUGGGGAACCCCAUUGACCGGCUCUACUCCAUGCAGAGUUCCUACUUCGCCUCCUGAGAGCCAGCCGGGCCGUACGGACGCUUGGGCAAGGGUCCUGGGGUAGGACCGAGGGCCGCAGUGGCCAGCCUCGCCACCUCCAGCCCUGCCACCUGCACAGACUCUACAGACAGCCAUACGGUGCCCUCCCCUCGGCCAGCCAGGCCUGGCUAACGUGCCUGCUGGGCCACAACCGGACAGGCAGACAGGCACAGCCUGGGCAGGGGCUGUGUCCUGCCCUCAGAGACCAUAUCACCCCCAGGGACCCAGAGCUCUUGGACAGCCACUCGCCUCCCAGCCCCACCUCGGUCUCCAUCACCUCUUUCUCCCUCUCAUCUCCUUUUUGGGAAACUGAAAUUCUCUCUAUUUUUUUAAACGUCCUCUCUGUGUCCAGCCAACCUCCAUGGCCCAGGCCUAGGCCAAGGCAGGGCCCCCGUGCAUGCCCUAGGACGGUGUACGCUGUGCCUGUCACCUGUGAGGAACGUGUGUACCUGUACCCUGUGCUGGCGCCCACCUCCAUCUCUGCAGGCAGGCCCACUGGCCUAGCAUUACCCCACCCAGCCAGAGCCAGGGGCAGACAUGGAGACGAGGAUAGACGGAGCCCAGGCAGACCCGAGGGGACAGAGGCACACACACUUAAUGGCACCCUCAUGCAGAUACGCACACAGCGAUGUAGAGACACUGAAAGAGACAAAGAGGCCUCUGCGGGGCAACCCUGCUGUGUCAGGAAGGGGAAGAAGCCCAGAUAGGGUGAGGGACCCCCUCUUCUUUAUAGCAAUAGGAGAGGAAGAGGGAGGGGAGAGGAGGGGGUAAGCAUGAUGCAGGUAGACUCAAAUGUAUCCUAGCCUCGGCCCAGAUGGAAGCUCCCUGGACAGGCCCCGACCCAGCCAGCUCCAAGGGCAGAGACACAGCCUCCAGAACCAGGCAGAGCUGGACAAAACAGCAUAAACUCCAGGUAGAAAGGGACCUCACAGGUCACCCACUUGGUACUCUAAGCCCCCUCUGCCUCUCCUUGCAUACCUCCUAUGACAAGGAGCCCACUACUUCAUCAGGCCCUGCCGAUUUUACCUCUACCAUUUUCAGCCCUGGGACCUUACUUUUUUAAAGCCAGGCUUUUCCAAUUUCUCCAGUUCUUCCUCUUAAAACUGUGCCCCCAGCUCGGCUCCAGCUUUCUCUCUAAAGGUAUGGAACAGAUAUAACCCAAUCAUCCCACUGACAUCAGCCAGCCAAAGUGAGCAGGCCCAUCACCUCCCCCACUGUACGUGCCCUGCCUCUGUUAAUAUGGCCCGAGAUCCAAUGAAUGGUUCAGGCCACAUAACCUUGGAAACUCAUCCUGCCCUUCUGUAACGGAAUCCUCUGACCACACACAUGUGACAGCUAAGCCACAUCUCUCCUCUGUGUGUGUGUUGGCUCUAUGCCUCUCACCUAAGGCAUGUGGACCCUCGGGGCCUCUCUCUGAUUGGCGUUGGCACAUUAAGCAGCCCUCCUUGGGUGAUAUUCGAGCUGUACUCCCAGCCCAGUUUUGUGCCCUGCUAGAAGCCAGAUACACUAUAUCAACCCCCACCCCAACCCCCUCAACUCUAACCCUGCCAAAGAGAAAGUGAGGUCAGGCUGAUGGGCCCUGCUCGCAGUGACCCUUGCUGGGUCCUGGAGGUCACUGUGUUCUCGGCCAGGUGCUCACAGCCCUGCCUUGAAUUCUAACACGCAGCCCUAGGCUGCCACCCUGAGUUCUGCCCGUCUGCCUUUGAGCAAAUGGGACGAUGGCUGACCCUCUGCCUUUGGGCCCCUCUGCCUGGCCCUCACUGGGAUCCUCAAAGUUCAGCAACCUGCUCUGUGGUUUUGCUCCUCUGUCCGCUGGGGAGGCCUCAGUCCCUCCAGAGGGACCAGGCCCAUCUCCCCACCCCUCCUGGCUCCUGUGGUCGAAUGUCACCCUGCUCUUACCAGGGCACUUGUCGGGGCGGGGGCGGGGGGACGUGGCUCAGUGUCAGCUUUCAGGCCAAGUGGCAGCCUGGCCCUUCUGGGCUCUUCUUGGUCCACAUAGAACUUCCACAAGGAUCUCAGCUGAUGUCCUCGGUCCUUCUGCAGCCUCGGCCCUUCUGUGCCAUCUUGUGCUCCUGGGGCCACCACUAGUCCCUUAGGCAGCCAUGCUGGUUUCUUGAGAGAUGCUCGCCUUUCUCCUUUCAUGCUCACACAGUCUGAAUCAUGGCGGGGGCACUUGGGGCAUGGCCAGGGGAGCCGAUCCAGCCCCCAGGACACCAGGCCUCCUCUCCCAGGCUCUCAGUUGAAGGAACAUCAGGAUGGGUCAUCUGUUCCACGCCCCUUAUUUUGCAGCUGGAAAAUCUGGGCCAGGAGAGGGGAGGGGACCAGCCCUCUCAUAGCCGGUCAGUGACAGAGCUGGAGCUAAGAGCAGGGACUGACUCCAUGCUGGCCCCUCGUCCUCCCCGUCUGGUGAACAACCUCCAGCUAGGAGGCAUGAUUUGUCUCAGCCUCUCUUGCCACUCCAGGGCCUCACAAACCCAGAGUCCAGCCGGGGCUCCGCCCUCGCCAUUGCAUUGCCCCCUGCCAGGAGCUGGUACAGGGACACCCAUGCACGUGACCCACAGAUUAUCAAAGACAGAAGGGACCUCGGAGAACUUCUCAUGCUUGAGUCACCCCCGCAGCUGUGGUUAGGUAGCUCCUUCACUGAGCCUGCUGAGGCUUGCUGCCCCCCAGUCUCCCCCAGGCUCUCCCAGACCCUGAUGUUCACUCUGCCCAGCCCUGGACUGGGCGUGGGGACAUGGAUGAACAAGAGGUAGGGCCUGCCCUCGAGGGGCUGUCUCCUAGGAGAGAGCUACACACACUGCCCCAGACCUCCUUGAGGACCCAGCUCUCAGAUGAGAAACCUGACGCCCAGAGAAGGGGGGCAAGCGUUCAGGGUCACCCAGCAGAAGCUCACAGAGCUAGCAAGCCCGCCGGGGUCAGGGGUGAGCCAAGAGGAGCAGGCUCCUCCCACUGAAUGGGAGGAAGUACAGUCUUGACUUGGGGGGCAGUGAGUAGCCAGGAUCCUCCUUCCGGGGUGGGAGGUAAGGGUCUGGUCUCCGGAGGAAGAGGCAGAAAGUGAGUGGCAGGCUGGGAGGAGGCCGCUGGGGAAGUUGAGGCUCAGAAGGAGGAAGGCCUCUGCCCCGGGGAACACAGCGAAUGAGAAGGGACCGAGGAGGGAUGAGAAGGUAGGCUGGUGCCCCCGGCCAGCACCUCAUCUGCCUGGCCUGCUCCGUGGACAGAGGGACAUGAUGGUUCUAAGGGUCAGACCACGGGUCCAGCAGAGCCUGUAAGAGAAAGGGUCAGUGCAAGUGGGCUGGAAGUCUCAGGAGGCUUCCUGGAGGAGGCGGAGGCGAAGGGGUCCCCUGUGUCCAGAUGAGCAGGGCCCAGCAGGGUCAGGUCCCCAGCACAGGGUUGGGGCAGCCUCUUCUCCUUUAGGGGGGUUCAGCUUCCUCACCCACCCAUCUGGGGCUGGUGCCCCACUCACUUCGCACACAGGGAUCCUCCCGGGAGGGAGAACUGGCCGAGCCCUGCCCGGCCCCACCUGGGGUGAGGUUCUCACCUGCCGUCUGGGAGAACCCCCAGCUCGGGGGUUCACUCCACCCUGUUGGCAAGGGGAGUCACACUCACACGCACGCACAUAGACACACACACUCACACCCGGACGCACACGGAGGCUCACAGACCCACACUCCCAGGCACACAAGGCCUGGGGGCUGAGGAGCAGGAAAAGUUCCUCCAGCCUUUGGCUCCAAUGAGCCUCUUUGCUGGUGUCCCCCUCCCCUCACCGGGGCUCCCAAAGGAGCCCGGCCCAGCUGGGUGUGGGGACCGGGCCGCUGGCCAUUCCUAUUUUCCUUGUACAGACUCACUGCCUACCCGCCAUCCCCAGACACAUUUUAUUUAAUAACUUGUCAUUGUUAAA